AUGUCCUCCUCCGAGCUUCAGUACAUCGUUGAAAUGAGUGGACAACGGUUGCUUCCUGUCCCAAACACGGGCAAUAGCAUUCCUGUUGCCAAGCGCCUGCAACUUUUGAGAGACAAAGCUCACGCAUGGUUCAGUGUUGACAUCCACUCUUCCGAAACGGUCCUCAUAGCAAGGGCUCUGCGAUAUUGGGAAGCAGUUAUUGCUGAUGGGCAUUUCUACUUGUGGAGCGAACUGGAAGACACGGCCACGAUUUUUCCAAUACUUCCAAAGCCCUCACAACAAUCAAUCCAGCGCAAGUGGCUCCCAGGAACGUUGUGUUCAGUUCCCGACUCAUGCAACCUCGAUGUGUUUAUGGACCCAGUACAAAACCUGAUUGCCGUCGCCUAUUUUUUUGAUGAUACAGUCUAUAUUUCCCUUGGAGCCCUGGAUAGUGAUGGCGUUCACCCUCAGGCUGCUGGGGAGAGAUUGAUUCUGUCGGACAAUUCAGAAAACCCCCCUGAAACGAUAGCUGCAAAACUCAUAGGUUUGGGGAGGCACAUCGCUCUGUGGCGCACCUUGGACAACUCUUCUUUGGACGAACAGUGGCAGCUGCAGAUUUGGGACUGGCAACACUCGACGACAUCCGGUAGCAUCCUCAGUGGCACAUCCGACAGCCCCUUGGAUAUUCGUUUCCUCGGGAACAAUCAAUUGUUGGUUAUAACCGAUAACUUGGAUAUUUAUUUAAUCGAGGACAUGUCCCAGAUGCCAGAAUUGCUGGCGUGUUUCCUAAUGCCCGUCCCAUUGAUGUCAUCAAUGCUACGGAGCCUCCUUCCGACAGAUGAUAUUGGGCAUAGCUCACAACCGCAGAUCCAAGCCCAACGGACGAUGUACACCUCAGACCCCACACAUCGACUCAUAUGCCUUACCACGUCCUCUUCUAGUACCGAUUCCUCUUCUAGUAUUCAGGUCUUCAUCAUUUCCACGAGGAUUUUCUUCGACCUUGACGGAAUGGCAGCAACGCCAAUACCAUGGCAACAUUGGGGCCCUUCAAAUACUCGUGUUUUCCAGCACCCAUAUCAAUCUCAAGUUCACAUUAGCGGGAAUCGAGUCUUGCAGGCACUCCCUGUCGGCACACGAAACUCGGAGUUUAUAUUACAUUUGAUGGACUUUAGCCCGCUAGCUGCGACAAACAGGCGCGGUUUAGGACAAGUAGUGAAAGAACCAUCCACAAUAUACAUCGGUGAUUCCACCGGUAGAUCUGGAGAGAGCUUGACGACAUCCUUGCCUUACGUCCAGGUCGCAUUUUUAGACAGAAAGUUCGAUUCCGCCAGGUCAGAGUUGAGGGACAUGUGGAUCGACAAGGACAGAAUUUACAUCCUCAACCUAGAUUUGCAACCCGAAACGUUCCCUGGCGAUAGAGUUUUCGUAAAGCGGCCUAUUGUCAAGCUUGAGGUCAUUGACGUCUAG